AUGGUGGUUUUGUGUCAUUCAAUGAAAUUGAAGGAGAUUAGUACUCAAAUGGAGGACCAGAGAGCGGUGGCUGCUACUCAUACUGCUCAAUUGAAUGAAAUCGGAGCUCAGUUGAAGUCUUUGGCAGCGGAGAUUAACCAAAGCAAUCACAUCGAAAUGGAAGCUUCUCGAGACAAGCUCCCUAUCCAUUUUGGUCAAUUGCCUCCUGAUAAGGCUCCGAUUUUGACUUCACCAGCUAGACCAUCUAGGGAGCUCAACUUGGAGAUUAACAAUCCCAAGCCAAAGUAUGGUCAGACUUCAAACCUCUGA